GAGGUCUAAUGCGCACGUCCGCACGAUGGUGUAAGCCAGCUUCACGUUCCGGAUAGAGAAGCUGCGAUGGACGCCCGGCGAGAGCAUCUCCUCUCCGUCGCGCAUCCGCGACGAGAGCCACGCGUCGUACGCGGAAUCCAGCCUCGGCGGCGCCGUGUGUUUCAUCGCCUUCGUGCGCGCGGCGGGGCCAGGAUAGAUUUCGUCGGGUAGGAGCAGCGCGCGGCCAGACUUCAGCAGGUCUUGUAUCAGCUUGAAACUAGACGACGGCACAGUGAAGUGCAUUGGGGGAGUGUUGUUCUAGGAGGGCGGAAGAAGAGGCAGAGUGUAGACCGAGCCAAAGCGAGAUCCGGUGCUCAUAUUCGCCGGCUCUGCACUGCUUGGUGCUACGACGGUGCGGCCGAAGAAAGAAAGACGCGACCCAAGAAACGGUUGGCGGGACUGAUGGGCGAUCAGUUGUGAUGGUGUGCCCCGACACGUUAGGCAGGACCGCUCUUCGAGUUUGGUUCUUUGGGCUUUCCAUUCCUGGCCAUGGAAACGGGGGGAGAGAGACAUACUUGGCUGAGCAGCAGGAGCUUCCUGCCCCCCCACUGCAUGCGCGCCUCUUUCGAGAGAGACACUGCCCAUUGGGGAAAGCACAUUACGUAUGCCUACCACGUGCCUGUCGAUCACCAAAAAGUUUUCCGUGUCGGCGCCCCUAGAUCAGCUACUACCCUGCACACCACCUCUCUCUUAGCGGUCUCCCAAUAGAUGGCGACGUCGUCUCCAGCCGAAGAAAGCGCCACAGUCUUGUCCCCUUCUGGCCCGGCCGUGGCAAGCGAGCAAUCACUCACCACGAGCGGCGGCGGCGGCGGCGGCCUGUUCCGUUCCGGGGAAAGCUCCCCUCUACCCCCCAGCGAGCACGAACUCGGCUGGCCCGCGAAAUCCACCCUGUCGCGCCUCAACGCCACGCCCGAGGAGAUGGCCGCCCGGGAGCGCAAGAUGGCCGAGGCCGUGCGCACGAUCCUCGAGUGCAUUGGCGAGGACCCGGACCGCGAGGGGCUGCUCAGGACGCCCGAGCGCUAUGCGCAGGCGCUGAUGUGGAUGACGAAGGGGUACGAGGAACGGCUGUCGGACGUGAUCAACAAUGCUGUGUUUGCCGAGGACCACGAUGAGAUGGUGCUCGUGCGGGAUAUUGAUAUUUCGAGUCUAUGCGAGCACCAUCUCGUGCCUAUCACCGGCAAGAUCGCGAUCGCGUACAUUCCGGGGCACAAGCAGCUCGUCCUCGGCCUCUCCAAGCUAGCGCGCAUCGCAGAGACGUUCAGCCGACGACUGCAGAUCCAGGAACGCCUGACGAAGCAAAUUGCCAUCGCAGUGCAGGAGGCCAUCGAGCCGCGGGGUGUCGCAGUCGUUAUGGAGGCUACACACCUGUGCAUGACGAUGCGGGGAGUGCAGAAGCCAGGCUCGAUCACAGUAACGUCGUGCAUGCUGGGGUGCUUCCGCACGCAGCAGAAAACGCGUGAGGAGUUUUUAACUCUCGUCAAAGGAAGGUAAAGAGAGCCCGAUUUCAUUUUGUAUCACCGAUUCAACUCGUAGCACCAAGUUAUACAUAAUUUCGAUGUAUAAGUCUCAUGUAUAAUACCGCCAUGUCGCAAAAAUGUUUAAUUUAUGAUCAGUCCUGACGGA